AUGUCCUCUUUACUUGAAAUUGAUGAGGAUACUCCUGCGAAAAUCAAAUCUACCUUUGGGCAAUCAAUCAUUAAUUUUUGCAAUAUUUUGAUGGGCAUUGGUACCCUUUCAUUACCACUUGCGUUUAAUUAUUCAGGAUGGUUUAUAGGGUUAUUAGUAUUAUUUUUUAGUAUGAUAGUUACAAAUUAUGCUGCAAAAAUAUUAAUAAGAUGUUUAAGUUACAAAGAAGGACUUUAUACAUAUCCUGACAUAGCUGCGUUAGCAUUUGGAAAUAUAGGAAAAUAUGUUAUAUUAGUUUUUUUCUUAUUAGAAGUAAUUGGAGCAUCAAUUGCUUUAGUAAUCCUCAUUGGUGAUUCUCUACAAGUGUUAUUUCCCGAUAUAUCUCUUAUAUUGCUAAAAAUUGGUUGUUGGGUAGUAUUAGUGCCAUUAACAAUAAUUGAUAUUAAAUAUCUCUCGUAUUGUUCACUACUUGGAGUAUUAGCAGCAGUAUUUUUAGCAAUUAUAGUAGCAAUUAAUGGAUUUACACAGAAUGAACAACCUGGAAGCCUAUUAAACCCUAUGCAAACUGAUUUAUGGCCUUCCAAUUGGAAUAAUUUACCUUUUAGUUUUGGAUUAUUAGUAGCUGGAUAUUCAGGACAUGCCAUAUUUCCUUCAAUAUAUCUAAAGAUGGAAAAACCUGAAAAAUUUUCAAGUGUAGUAGAUACUUCAUACGCUAUUAGCAUUGUUGUUUAUCUUAUAACAGGUGUAUGUGGUUACUUAAUGUUUGGAAAUCAGGCAAGACCAGAGGUAACUCAAAACAUAAUGUCUUCAUCUGAUCAUUUGAAAAUCCUAAAUUCGUUCAUAGUAUGGCUUGUGGCAAUUAGUCCACUUGCAAAAUUUGCACUUUCAUUACACCCAGUAAAUUUAUACCUAGAAAUACGAUAUCGUUCAAGUCAAUGCGCCUCAAAUGACGCUUUUUUUUUAUUCAUGCGUUUUUUGUCACGUACAUUAAUAUCAACUUUUAUUGUAUUCAUUGCAAUUGUGUAUCCAAAUUUUGAUAAGAUGAUUGAAUUGAUUGGUAGUCUUUUAUUUUAUACUAUUUCUGCAAUAUUUCCAUGUAUGUUUUAUUUGAAAUUAUUUGGUAAUAAGUUAAGAUGGUGGGAUUGGUUGUUUAAUAUAGUUAUUAUUUUAGUGUGUUCGGUAUUAUCAAUUUUAGGGACUCUUUGGCCAAUUUUGAAUAUGUAA